AUGGGCUCAGUCAAGAGCGCCCCAGUCACUCCGGUGUGGCCUCUGCCACACAACAAGCUUCUGGCCCGAGUGGCGGACCCCCGUUCACCUAGUGCCAGCAUCCUGCGCACUCCCAUCCAGGUGGAGAGCUCUCCACAGCCAAACCUACCAGCAGGGGAGCAGCUGGAGGGUCCCAAUCAGGCCCAAGACUCAGAUCCCCGCUCUCCUACCCUUGGCAUUGCGUGGACACCUAUGAUGACCAGCAGCGGAGAACCCCCAAGCCCACCGGUGAAACAGCUGAGGGCAACUUCAUCUUCUGAAUUGGACUUGCCUCUGGGCACCCAGCUUUCCCUUGAGGACCAGAUGCCACCCUGGAGCCAGACUGAGCUCCCCUCCAAGCAGGUGUUCCCCAAGGAGGAAGCAGGACAACCCUCAGAAACCCCCAUAGCCAGCCAGGGCUCGGACAAGCCCUUGAGAGACCCUGAGACUUCCCGAUCUUCAGGUUCUAAGCACAAUAUACAGAAAGCAAAUGGCAAGGUACUACUAGGGAGAUCUCCCCUCACAAUCCUACAGGAUGACAACUCCCCUGGAACCCUGACACCACGACAGGGUAAGCGGCCUUCUCCCCUGAGUGACCAUGCUAAGGAGCUAAAGGAAGGGGCCAUUCUGGGAACUGGAUGA